GUGGGGCUUUCUUUUGGAGCUACUGCAGCAGCAGCUGCAAUAAGGGUUGGAAAGAGACCUGAGAAUGCAGGGAAGCUUAUUGCGAAAUUUUCCAUUCAAGCAAGAAAAAUGAAAUGCACACUAGCUUCACUCAUUGAUAUAAUUAGUACAAGAGAAAGCAUAAAAAGUACUGUGAGAAGUAUGCUAAAGUUGAAGAUGUAGGAGCUGCACUAGAAGAGAAAUCAAGUGAUGAUGAGGAAAUAAGUGAAGAUCAAUAUGAUUCAAGUGAUGAACAGGUUGCUGGUAAAGCAGAUCCUUAGCUGCUUCAAGUGAUGAACUUGGAAUUGUGGUCAAAGGGGGAAAUGCCCCUUAUUGUUGUUCAGUUUCAUGUCAAUGUAAAUAAUGUACCAUUGAUUUCCUGAUGAAAUCUUAGUUUCUUGUUGUGGUUCUUUCAAAUUGAUGCAUUGUGCUUUUUAGCUUAGCAUGGUACUACCAUAAUAUGCACAAAUACUCUUCCUGUAACUCAUUUAAUGCAAUGUUCACAACUAUUCAUCUUUUGAUCUUUGAAA